AUAUCAACAGCGCUAAAUGUGCAUCAGCAGAGAGAAUGUUUUAUUUUUUAAGGUCUGUUUAACUACAAUAAAAUGCUGUAUUUGGAAAGCGUAAGGCUGAAUGCAAGUAUGUGGAUUUUUUGUUUAACUGCCAUUUCAAUCGGAUUGCUAUUACAAAGUGUACCUGUGACGUCACAGACGCAUCAUAUUCAUAGCUCUGGCCACAUGCAUGAGGAAGAUAAUAGUGACUUGCUUGCAACAUUUAAAGAUUUGGGCGAAAUUUUGGACGGAUGGUCAUGCUACACAUCUAGCGUUGGGAGCAAUUGCCAAAAUAAAGUAUCAAAAAUGUGCUAUUCUACAAAGCAAAACUAUUUUUUCAAAGGCAACCAAGUGAAAAUUUCUAAUUUAAUCGACAUUAAACAAGAGUGUCAGAAACUAUGUUUGGGAAAUCAAAAUUGCAUUUUGUGGAGUUUUGUACCCAAAAUACUUAGGCGUAGCUCAGCGAGGUGCUUUCAUACUUACAAGAACAUGCGCGUUAAUGAGACAAAAAUUUACUAUGAGCAUGGAUCUUCCAUUAUGAGUACGACAUGCAGUACCGGCUAUGCAGGUUGUUUUGAAGAUAAAGUCAUAGUACCUGAUCUAACUCAUCAGGUGAGCAAACACAACAAACGCGUCAGCACCUGUCGCUGGAAAUGCCUGAAACGGAAAGACCCCUACGCUGGUCUACAGAGUCCUGGAGAGUGUUGGUGUGGUAAAAGUUUUGGAUUAUACAAUCAAAGCUUGUUCAAUGGAUCUGAAUGCAGAAUACAGUACAACCAAAAUGCUAUAUAUCGAACAGGUUCACUGUAUGAUGGAGAAAUGUGUAUACUUGGAAAAUUUGCGGUGCAAGAAUUUAACGGUUCGGGUGUUUUAGUCUAUUCAGAUUUAACUCUCAAGAAUUGCAUCAUGUUAUGCAAGUCCAACAGAAACUGUAGUCUCUGGUCGUUUAACGGUAGUCAUUGUUUUGUCAUUAUGGAAAUGUCCUUGAAAUCAGCUACAAACACAACAUUAUCUUUUAUUGGAAGUUCUGCGUCCUUUACUGGAUUUUCAGAGUGUUCAGACAACAACGAAAAAUAUACUAUUUUCAGCAAGCUGGUUUCUAGACCAACUGCUGGUACAAAUAAGACAUACUUUGAACUGGCUCAAUUUGAGAAGGGUAAUUUCAAUUUUUCCACACAUCGAAUUUUGAACACAACAUCACCAACUAAACAACCAAAACUCUUUGUUGGGGCAUUAACUUCAACGCAAAUAUUAUACAAUUGGAGAUUGUUCGCAGACGUUUUUUUAAAUGGAAACUUUCUUUCGUAUUCAGUACGAGAAAUACAAGGUCAUGGUUUGGAACAACCAGUUGGUGCUGAAAAAAUUACAAUCUCUGAAUCAUUGGUGGCUUGGAUGUUAGUUUGUCCAUCUGAAUAUAAAUCUUUUGGUUGCCUUCUUACCGCGAAAGAUAAUGAGCCAAAUCUAAAGGAAUAUUUUUGUGUUCAUCACCAGUUCACAGUUCCAGCAAGAAUUGGCACAACUGUUCGAAUUAUUGGAAACUGGUCCAUUCAUUUAAUAGAGCCUUCUGAUUGCCAUUUAGGAUACAGUUUCUCUCAUAUGUGGGUUACUAACCACACGCAGAUUGAUCAGAUAAAGUUAUACACUCUUGCUUUAAACAGAAAGCAGAAUUCGUGUAAAAAGAUGUCGCCACUUACUCAAACUCAACCAAACUUGGUGAGUGCAACGGAAGCAUCAAACUACCUUGAUCAAAACAGUCCGCUGCAAAAUAUUUUAAGCACAAGACAAGCUUUCGUCUAUCAGCAGUUCACCACUUCUAGCACGGUACCCAGCACUUCUCGCAUUCUCAAGAAAACGUUUCAACAUUCCCAGCCAUCUUUGUCAAAGGCAAAAGUAGCAGCAACAAAUAAUAUAGUAUCACAUUUCAAAACACUUAAGUUGAAUGGUAUUCAACAGGUAACAAUUGCAACUACGCCAACAAAAAACACAGCUGUGCAUUACACUAUAUUGAAAACUAAAAUGUACACGUCAAAACAAAAUAGUGACAAAGCUGUGCAUAAAGAGACAGUUUAUCAAAUGAAUAGACACGCCGCAAUCACAGAUAGUGGAAAACAUGCAACAGUUCUUUCUGCAAUGCAGGUUGGCGAAACAGAUGAUAACCUGCAAAGUCAUGCUAACGAACUUAUGCUUUUACAAUGGUUGCUUUUAUUAUUGCUUUUGUUGUUGUUACACUUGCACUCUUCGUCGUAUCCUGCAUCUUGUUUUAUGUUUGUCGCAGAGACCAGGUAUAUGAGGAGCAUCGGAUAAACAAGAAACCACCUUUAGCACACACACGCAACAAUGUUACAACAGCAUCUCCAUAUUUCUGUUCUGUAAUCUUGAAUAACAAGUCAAACAAGGCUCCCUUAGUAAUAUCGACGUAUUACCAUUCUCAUGAAGCAACUGUCCAGUUAACUUAAUCAAUAUAAUAACAAAACAUGUUAACUCGUUUUUUCAAAACACAAUCAAAGACAACAAUAUAAGUAUGAUUACGUAAAGCGAGAUCGCAAUUCUACCAGGAGCUUUGAUUCCAACUGGUGUGCCCAUUGAACUGUUUUUUAAAUAAUAUUCCGCUCAACUUUGACCUGUGAAUGCUUGUACUUUAUAACAUAUGUUGUAAAAUAGAGACUUUAUAAUGUCUUAAGUUUUCGAUUGGACAUGACUACAUACCAAGCUAAGUCAACACUUUUUCUUAUGCAGUAGCUAAUUUUUAACCCUUUCCUAUAUGCUUUGGUAAUGGUACGUUUAAAUCACAUUUAAGAAUCUCUAUCAUUAUACAAACUUUAAUUAUUCGUUGCUAUGUCAUUUAAUAAACACACAUUGCUCAAUAUUUCAAAAAAAAUGGACGGUGAAUUUGUACAACCAUAUGCCUUUAAUAUAUGACGACAUCAGUAACCAUAAAAAUUGUUUUAAAAGUUG